AUUAUGCAUGCGCCGGUCUCUCGACUAAUACUGCGAUCACGUCGAUCGAUAUUUUUUCCCGGUGAUGCACAAAUUGGUUCGAGUCUUACCAAACAUAUGUGUCAAACAAAAAGCUUCUCAUAGAAACAAACUCCACAAAGUACGCCCGAACUAGGUUGCCCCGAAGUUGAGACAAACGGUGCUAAUUGUCAUGACAUCACCGCCGCAUUUGGGAUAACUCACACCUCCACCAAUGCUCUGCCACCAGAUUGUUGUCCUGCCACUCAAGGGGUUGCCCUCGGCAUUAUCACCUCCACCUAGGGGUUGGUACCCCAUGUCACCUUUGUAUAGCACGGUGUCAACAUUGGCUGGAGGAUGUGACUCGUCACCCUAUAGCCCUGCCCCUAGAGCCACCAUACUGCAUCUUACCGUGGAAGGGUUGAAUCUGGGUGUAUCCAACACAUCCAUCCUCCAAUCCAGCAAAGAGCAAUUGUACCCACAAAGACAUCUCUUGCGGUUCUUGUCUGGCUUCAACUUUCACAUUGAAAUAAAAGAUGGCAUGUCCUUUGGAGGCUAACCUUGUCACAACCACAGAAGAAGACCACUAUUGGGUGCCACGCCAUAGAAAGCCAAUGCGUUGGGGUAGAAAGAGUGCUUUGAGAUCUACAAAGAAGAAUGCCAUUUGCUCAGAAGGGGCUAAUUUGAUCAAGAAAGAGACUUGGUCCUAUAGGAUUUUCCCCCUUGGGACGAGAACAGGGACUGCAACCUCAUGGCUUUGGUGGUGGUGGACAUUGGGGGAGAGAGAGAGAGAGAGCCAAAUCAUGUACUACCGAUGGAGCUUGACGUCAAAAUGCUAGACAUGUUUUGAACAGAACAUAGCCACGUUCAGUUUCGCAUCAACAAACUUUGCUAAAUCUGAAAAAGUUUGAUGUCCUAAUAUUAGAUAUGUUUGCACCAAUGGAAUAUUUGCAAUGGCCCAUGGACUGAGUUUGAGUCUUAUCGAACACAAUGUGUCAUACAAAAACCCAACUCCACAAAGUAGUGACGAAACUAGGUUGCCCCUGAGGCGAGGCAAACGGGAAAGUUGAUGGCAAAGACAUCAUCACUGCAUUUGCGGCGACGCAUGUUGCGGUACUAAGUCUGACAGUAAGAAUAGGGGGUACGUAUGAGGAGGCAAGGUCCUAGCUACGGUGAGAUUGUACGCAAGAGUUUACGAGUUCAGGCCCCUCUCAGAGGAGGUAAAAGCCCUACGUCUCGGUGCCCUAAGGCGGUCGACUGGAAUAUGGGAGUGUGUGUUACAGGGGGUGAGAACCCUUGUCCCAGAGGAGGGGGGUGGCUUAUAUAUAGUGCGCCAGGACCCCAGCCAACCUCCGUUACAGGGGUUCAAUGUACAUAAAGAUAGGGCGUUACUGGUAACGCCAACUAUAAAGUGUAUUUAAUGACCUUUAAGACUACGGAGUGAACACCUGACCGUUGCCGUCCUGAGUGACUCCUGGUCUUCUGUAGGUCGAGUGGUUUCUCGUAUGGUCGAAUGGCUUCGUCUUGGUCGAGUGAUACCAGGAGGGAGGGGUACUCGAGUGAGGUGACUGGUCGAGUGGAUUGCACUCGACGACUUCAAUUGGUACUCUUUGUUGUUUUUUGAAUGUCUUUGCUUCUAGGGCAGUGACCUUGGGUAUGGCGUAUAGGUCAGGCCUAUGACCCUACCCUAGGUCUAUGGCACCAUCAUUAGCCCCCGAAUGGAUUGAGGUCUGAAUGAAAAGAAGGUUGAAGUUGGUCCUGCCUUGGCUCUUGUGCUUCACAAGUGUCCAUGCUGGAUUAGAGGCCCACGCUGAGACUUCGGCUUCGUCUCAGUCGCCUUGAUCGAUUCAGAAGUUGUCGAGUGGAUUUAUACUGGCACUCGUCGAGUGUUAUUUUGAUGCAAAAUCUUUGGCAACAUUGGUUACGGCGUAUCCAGAUCCCGCGGGAUUCAAAAUUUUGGGGAAGCGCGGGAGGCGGGGCGCGUCGCAAUAAGCGGGACAGGUAGACAGGGGCGCCUCAAUUUUUGUGCCACCUUUUUCGCCACGUACUCUGCGCGCGGCUGUUGCGGGAUUUGAUAGGAUUGCUCGGGCCCAUGCGUCAGCCACUCGGAAGUGGGUCCUUAAAAGGCGUCGGGGCCGAGGCGUCCGCACUGUGCGCAUUCGAUCUCCCCCUUCCUUCUCCGCUUCUCCACUUCAUCUUUCUCCUCUGCCCUCAAUGCCGCCGCCCCGCCACCAUGGUGAAGGACAAGACGGCGGCGCUGGAGCGUGCGAAGAAGGCGACGGGGGAGGCGAAAGGCAAGAAGACGAAUCGGGGGUCGUCGUCGAGGUCCGCGCUGCCGCCGGGCUGGAUCCAGGGCGAUUGGAUCCGGUCUUCGCUCUGGCCAGAGGAUUUGGAGGAGCUGGCUGACUUCGGUUUGAUUGCUGCCAGGGCCGCGAGGCUGCCGGAGGGGGAGAUGUAGCCUCGACCGUAGUCGGGUGAGUGCGUCCUCCUUGCUACCCAUGUCGACCGUGGUUUUUUCCUUCCUCCGCAUCCUUUUUCCGGGGCUUCUUGAACUUUUCCGGUGCUCGCCUCUACCACUUCACUCCCAACACCAUCACGUACCUCGCCGCGUUUGUGUCCAUGUGUGAGAAUUUCUUGGGUUGUUGACCGCACUGGGGUCUUUUCAAACACAUCUUCUCAACCCGCUUUCAAACCGUGAAGAAAGCGAAUUCGAGUGAUGAGAGGAUGCAUGUUAUCCAGAUGUGCGGGGGUUUAGGGAUCCAGAUGAGGAAGAGGAGUGAUUUCCCUCCCAUGACACUUCCCGAGUUGGUCAGGGGCUGGCAAUCGACCUGGUUCUACUGCCGGGAUAUUGCGCCCCCCGGUCAGUCGACUGGUCUUCCCCCUUUUUCCUUAGAUCAUGCCCAGCAACCUUCUUCACUGAGAGUGACUGCUGCGGAGAGGGUGGAAACGAACAUGUUGGUGGAGAGGUUAGUACAGUUGGUCCGUCAGGGUGUAACUGGCAUGGAUCUGCUGGAGGUGUUUCUCAGUCGACGCAUCCAACCACUCCAAGCUCGUGACCACUCGAUGUGGAUGUAUUCGGGAGCCAACGACACCGCUCGGGUCCACCCAGAGGAGGUUACAUAUGAGACGGUGGCCCUGUGGCUGAAGGGCAUUACAGGAAACAAGGACAACCCCAGGGGAGUCAGGAGAGUCGAUCCAUUCGACACCAACAACCAGCCAGACAAGGUUUAUACUAAGAUGUACUCGAUGCCCAAUGGUGAACAAGCCCUGGAGCAAGACCAGGAGGGAGAGGACAGCACAGAAGAGAGCAGUGAAUGGGAAUCUCCAGAAGAUGACGAUGAGGAAGACAAUGAUGAGUCGGACGAUGAAGAGGUAGUCGACUCACCACCUCGCUCAGAGCAUUGUUCUAAGCAACUCCAAGAUCCGGCGGGAGGGCACGGCAAGACCGUGGCUCCGAGUACCCAAGCACAAAAGCGCACUCGGACUUCGACUCCGGAGCCAACGGAGAAGGUCGCCAAGCAACCCAAGGUGGCCCCUUCGAAGCCUCAGAAGACCUUGCCCAAGAUCAAGAUGGACGUUCCUGUUACCUCUGGCGCUGCAACUUCUACGACUUCCAUGGACGUUGACAAGGUCCGAGGUGAUGAGGAGGCCGAUGACGCAACCACUUCCAAAGCUGCUCCGCGGGACGUCAUUGAACUUCCGGCUGAUGAAGAAGAAGUUCCUCUGAGGAAGAGAAGGAGGAGGGGCAGGGCCUCAAUAUUGGGGAACGUAGUAAUUUCAAAAAAAAUUCCUACGCACACGCAAUAUCAUGGUGAUGACAUAGCAACGAGAGGGGAGAGUGUUGUCCACGUACCCUUGUAGACCGUAAGCGGAAGCGUUAUGACAACGCGGUUGAUGUAGUCGUACGUCUUCACGAUCCGACCAAUCCAAGUACCGAACGUACGGCACCUCCGAGUUCA